GAUUGUGGCGCAACUCUUGAAUCAGUUACCCUCUAGCCACCGCCCCUGAAACAACACAAAACUACAAUUUUUUUGCAGCUUAUUUUCAUAAAUUUCAUUAGAUCAUAAAUUAAAUUUUUUUGCCUUAAAAAGUACAAAAUAAAAGGACAAUUUAUUAAAACGAGCUAAUAAAUUCAAUAAAAUAUUAAAAUAUAAAUAGCUAGCUUUUUUUUGUUGAUAAAUUUCAAUUAAAUUAAUUUAUAAAAAAAUUGUUUUUUUUGGUAAUUAAUUAAAUAUGCUUAUCGAUCUUGUACGUGAGUCUGUAUUGCAGUGCUUUUGUCACAGCUGCAAGGGUCCAUUGAGUGUUGUUGCUGGUCAAAGAGGCGGUAAUGCACCAACCAAGAAACCAAGUGGAAAAGGAAAACCACGAACGAAACAACCAAAAAAAGUUAAAUUUAUUACAACUGAGAUAAGAUGCCAAGAAAAAUCAAAGGGUGGUUGCAGUUAUGAAGUUAUAUUGGCUGAUCCAAAAGGUAAAAGACCAUCAUCACCACCUCAACCAACUCAAAUACAACAGCAAAUUGCUAUUGAAGAUAAAUUAAAAGCUGCUGAAGAAAGAAGAUUAUCACUUGAAGCACAUAAAUUAGCAUCAUUAGCUGCAAAAUUAUCUAAAAUUGAAGAAGCAUCACGUAAAAAAGAUGAACUUAGCUCAGCAUUUAUAACAGCAACACGUGAAUCACUUGAUGCUAAAAUGAAUAAUACUGAAGAAAAACGUGAAGCACAUAUUGCUGAAUUAAAAAAUAAGCUAAAAGAUCAUUUGGAAGCUGUAGAAAAAACUAGAUUAAAUUUGGAGCAACAAACAUGUGAAGUACGUGCUGCUGUUGAAGAAAAAUUGAAGACUGCAGCUGCUCAACGAGAUGAAAAUAUGAAAAAAAUGUUGGAUCGUUUGAAGGAACAUGAAGAUCAAGUUUUACGUGUUCGUAAUGGAAUGACUGAAAAAGUUCAUCAAUUGGAAAAUCAAAUUCAGGGAAAACUUGAUCAAGCUCGUGAACGUCGUGAAAAUAUUGAACGUGAACAAAAAGAAAAAUUGCGUAAUCAUAAUACGAUAAAGAUUGCCAAAGUACGUGAAACAGCUGAUGUUAUCGCGAUGAAUGAAUUGGCAAAGAAACGUAAAAUUGUCAUGAAAGUAACUGUUGCUGAGGAAAAUCGACAACGUGAAAUUCAACGUCGUCUUCAAGCAAUUCGUAAUCAUGAAAAAAGAGCUGAAAUGGUUAGACAAAACAAAGCAGCCCUGGCUGGCCAGGAAAACAAGAUGGAAGAGCAAAGUGCCUUACAGAUUGAAAACCAAACUGCCAGCUCUGGUUAAUUUAAUUAAAAAUUAAUUAAAAUAUUCAUAAUGAUGCUAUUUUCAUGAUUAACAAGUUACAUUUAAACGGUACUAUAUCAACUAAUUAAUAAAAAAUAACAGCAACAAUUCAUCUAGAUAAAAAAAAUAAUAAUUAACUCAAAACAACAAGUUUAACAUAAUAAUAAAGUCUUUUCAAUUACUCUGAUUAAAAUAAUAUUGCAUUAAAAUAAAGAUAAAAAAUUCAAUCAAUAAAACAGCUGCUGACGAUUUUUAAAUUAAUCCAGAAUUAAAGAUAUUAAAUAUUAUAAAAAAAUAUAUAUUAUAUAUCUAUGAAAAAUAUAAAUAAUAAAUAUCGUCGUAAUAUUUUUUUAAUUUUGGCUAUAUCUCAUCCCAAGUGGAGAAAAAGUGUGUAUCAAAGAUGCUCAAUUUAAUAUUUUUUCAAAUUCAAUUAUAAUUCUUAAUAAUGAGAUAAAAAAAAAAACAAAUUAAUUACAAUUUAGCCAUUUACUUUUUACGUUCCAUUGUUUUGCUGUUUUUUUUUUUUUCUUUCAAUUGUAUCAUGAUAAUAUGAAAUCGAAAUCCAC